AUGUGUAAGGUGGAGAAGAAUACUUUGCCGUCUAUGGCUUCUGUGGAACCUCAGAGCACAAAACCUCAGUUUAUCAAGGCAUUUGAACCACAGCAUGACUUCCAUUGGACGCCAACGGACGAACCACAUGCUACGCGCCGCAAACUCAUUAUGGCGAAAUACCCAGAAGUGAAGAAGCUUUUUGGUCAUUGCUGGAAGACCAAGUACUUGGUUGCGGCAACUGUGACAUUGCAGACAUACUUGGCACUUUAUGCGCAGUAUAUGUCGUGGCCUAUUUACCUCGUUCUCAUGUACUGCAUCAGUGGUACAGCCAAUCAUGGAAUGAUGAUGGCCAUGCACGAGGUUUCGCACAAUUUGGGGUUUAAAAAACCAUUGCACAAUCGAUUACUCGGUGUCUUUGCCAACUUACCCAUUGGCGUCCCGUCGUCCAUUUCUUUUAGACGGUAUCAUCUUGAACACCAUCGAUACCAAGGCGAAGACGGUGUGGAUACGGAUCUCCCCACGGAGUUUGAAGCUAAAAUCUUCACAAACAAAUUCUCCAAAUUUGUUUUUGUUGUCUUUCAACUCUUCUUCUAUGCUGGUCGUCCGCUUUUUGUGAAUCCAAAGUCACCUGGGCUAUUAUACCUUCUCUUGGGUACAUUACUGGGUGCUGGCGUUCACCCUGUAGCAGGCCACUUUAUUGCUGAACAUUACGAAUUUAUCUUGGGAUUGCAUGAGGUGCGUGCAUUAGCGCCCGAGUUUUACGAGAAUCUACCGAGUCACGACUCAUGGAUCAAGGUGAUGGUAAAUUACGUCAUGGACGACAAUGUAAAUGCAUAUUCACGCGUGAAACGCCACAAUCUUACGAAAGACGUGAAAGACAAACUUAAAAGCGAAUAG